AUGCCUGUUCUUCGGUCGGCCACCGCCGGCUCAGGCGAGGCCCCCAAGCAGUUCACCCAGCCCUCCAGAAAAGGCAAAAAGGCAUGGAGGAAGAACGUCGACGUGACAGAGGUCGAGGAGGGCCUGCGAGAGCUCAACAAUGAAAUCAUUCGAGGCGGCGUCAUCCGAGAAAAGGCUUCCGAGGAUAUCUUCACCAUCGACACGGCAGGCGACUCCAAGAUCCCCCAAAAGUUCCCCAAGCACGUCAAGAAGGGCCUCAAGGCCGACGAGAUCAUCAACAAGCGCUCCGCCGUGCCCGCCGUCUCCAUGCGCAAGCGCCCCGGCGACAAGACGACCGACGGGCUCGUGUCCGCCAAGCGCCAGAAGACCGACUGGGUUUCGCACAAGGACCUCGCCCGGCUGAAGAAGGUGGCCGACGGACACCACGAGGACACAAUCGCCGUCAAGGACGCCUCGUUCGACCUCUGGGACGCCCCCGCCGAGCAGCCGGCGGCGGUCAAGGCCCCGACGGAUUUCCUGCCCGAGAAGACGGAGCCCAAGGUCCCCAAGACCAUGAAGCAGCAGCCGCUAUCCCUUCUCGCCAACGGAAAACAAAUCCCUGCCGUCCCCAAACCCACCGGAGGAUACAGCUACAACCCUUCCUUCCCUGAGUACGAGUCCCGACUGGCUGAGGAGAGCGCCAAGGCCAUCGAGGCCGAGCAGAAGCGCCUCGCGGCCGAAGCCGCCGAGGCCGCCAAGCUCGAGGCCGCCGCGCGAUCAGCAGCCGAGGCAGAGGCUGCCGAGCAGCGCGCCAACAUGUCCGAGUGGGAAGAGGACUCGGAGUGGGAGGGCUUCCAGUCGGGCGUCGAGGACGAGCGGCCGAGCGCCAAGCAGCCCAAGCGCAAGACGCAGGCCCAGCGGAACCGCAUCAAGCGCCGCAAGGAGGAGGAGCAGCUCGCGCGGCACAAGGCCGAGAUGAAGGCCCGCCGCGCGCAGGAGCAGCGCAUCAAGGAGAUUGCCGCCGAGGUGGCCGAGAAGGAGAAGCAAAAGGCGCUCAUGCUGGCGCAGCAGGCCGCCGAGCAGCAGGAGGAGGACGACGACGGCGAGAUCAAGGAGGAGAAGCUGCGCAGGAGGCAGCUGGGCAAGUAUAAGCUGCCCGAGAAGGAUCUCGAGCUGGUCCUGCCCGACGAGCUGCAGGAGUCGCUGCGGCUGCUCAAGCCCGAGGGCAACCUGCUCAAGGACCGGUACAGGAGCAUGCUGCUUAGGGGCAAGGUCGAGAUCCGGAGACACAUUCCCUUCAAGAAGCAGGCCAAGACAAAGGUUACCGAGAAGUGGACGCACAAGGAUUUUGUUCUGUAG